AUGUUCCGCGCAGCAUCACGGCGCACGAGCGCGCAAGCGGCAAAACUCCUACAGCCACAACCAAAAAGCAUCGCCCGCUCAAUAUACAGCAACAGCACCACCCGUCCAACGCUCAAGCCCCGAGUCAACAAUGCCAACCUACUCGGAAGCCCUUGUAUCUCCGGCACACGGCAUCUCACAUACACACAGAAGAUCGGCCGCAAGUAUCGCGAAGCAUCAAGAGGAAUCUGGCGCAAAAACCCCAUCCUCAUGCCACUAGCAAUCUUCUCCGUCGUCGGCGGAGCCUUCAUAUUCGCCUACAUCUCUUACGUUGAAGUGACAAGGGUCGCACCGCAGUACCACAAGUUUCCGGCUCCAGUGGCUGAUUCCCUCCGCACGGCCGUCUACUAUACCGAGAUUGAUCUCAACCCGGCCAAGGCGAUGAAGGCAUACAAAGAGGCGCUGCGGACGGCAUUCGAGAUGGGGGUUCACCCGUACUCAGAUGAAAUCCUCGGCAUUAAGUUGCAGGUUGCUAUGAUGCUUGAGAAGGCCGGGCUCGUGAAGCCGGCGAUUGAAGUGCUUGAGCGCACGAAAAACGAGACUUUGGCGUGGAUCGACGAAGUCACAGCAGGAAACGCUGCAGCAGCCGCCGAAAAGGUGAAGCAGGCGCAGGCGCAGGCAGCCCCGACCAACGUCGUCGUCGAUACCGAGGCGGUUAAGCAAACCGAGGAGGACCUGAAAGCGAUGGCGGAGUACGAGAAUCGCCAGCGAGACAAGGCGCUGAAGAAGGUUGUCGGUAUUGCGAUGAAACUCGGCGAGCUGUAUGCCAGUGAGCAUAUCCAGGAAGAUAAGAAGGCCGAGGCUGCGCAGGUCGCUGCCGUGGAGAUCUGUUUGAAGGAAAUGCACCGCCGCCAGAGACUCGGUCUCCCUGUUGGUAGCUCUGGCAGUGGCGAGGAAUCAAACGGCGAGGCUUGGUUGAAUCUCACUGAGAUCGCGACGGCCUUGGCUGAGCUCGCUGCUACCUAUACCGCCAAGGAGCGGUACGAGCUCGCUAUGCCGCUGUACUUGCGUGCACUAGAUUUGAUCCGCGCCGCCGAAGGUACUUCUAUAACCUGCAAACAGGUUGUACUGUUGAACGAUGUCGCUACCGCGCUGGUUGGCCAGGUUCAGCGGCCUGCCAAAUCUCAGCCGCAACAGCCGGUUACACAAGAGCAGACUGUUCAGGCUGCCCAGAAGUGGGCUGAGAAGGCCAUUGAAGUUGCCUCGCACAUCAAACCGCCGAUUCGUGAUGAGGAGUGUGAUAUAACUUGUGUGGUUGCGACUUAUAACUUGGGCGAGCUGGCUGAGCUACAAAAGAAGCCCGAGGUUGCUAAAAAGAGGUAUACCGAGGCUAAAGCGUUGGCUGAUGGAAUAUCCUAUGAGGAAGGGAGUCUGAUGGCCAAGGAGGCAUUGAAUAGACUUGGGAAGAGAUAA